GUUCCGAAUGCAACGGAAGGUUGCCUUUUUCUUCUUCUUUUUUUUACAUUUAUCGGUAUCAGAAUGCGUAGGUGAUAAUGAUAUUAACUGUUAUAUUCGAUUCUCAAUACGUUGUAGCGGAACAUACAGGAACUAACCUAUUGAAUGUACAAAAUGUAUCGACUUAAAUGAUAAACUGAGGGCAUUACUGUGUGGCGGAUUACUUUCGCUUCUCAAAAUGAGACCGUAAAUGUAAGACAGAGGGCCUUUACUUUAAUUGGUUCACAGAGAUUAUGCAUGUACAUGUAUAACGUAAUUGGUGUUCUACAGUGAACAUGGUUCUCGAGGAGUGCAUAGUGAAAUUCAUAACAUUUUCAAACCAAUGGUUGCAGAGAAAAGCUCGCCUGUGGGUUUAUCAUAUCAAUAUUUUGUUUUUCUCGAUCACUUGAUGGCUAUUCGUCGAUGGACCAUGGUGUGAACAUUGCAAAAGGAGGGGAGGCACGUACAAGCUAGCACACUUUUAUUGCAACAUCUGCAAAACCUUAUUUUGCAUUGAAUGUCAAGAUUGCCAUGAAUUGUAUGGAUUGAAAAAUUGUCUUGAGGGUUCAGUUCACAUGUCUCAACUUUGUAGUAUCUGCAAAACAAGUGGCAAAAUGGGAAUUGCUUUUAGGCAUUGCACUGAGUGUGGUUACUACCUUUGUAAAAGGUGCAUCAUUGUAUCAUACAAGAAACAAAGUGCUCAAGGCACACAUACUUGAUAGAGUGAACAAAGAUCCCUCACAGCAUUUAUGCAGCGGAUGUGGCGAAACUGAACAAAAGUCACAUGAACACCCACCGUUCACGUACUGUACACAUUGUAAAUGUGUGUUUUGUGAAGCAUGCUUCACCAAGCACCACGAGAACGAAUGGCCAAGCAUGCAUGUCAACGUUAACACUCGUACAUGCAGUAGGAUCUUUCACUGUGGGCCAUGUUUUCUCAGAAGACAGAUCAACAAAGCAGUUUUUUACUGCACUUCCUGCGACUUUGAACUGUUUUGUGAAGACUGUGCAAAGUACCACGGGCGGCAAAAAAUUGCACUUUCCCAUGAAUUACAUACAGACAUAGAAAACAUUGAUUUGGAAAUUGAAAGAUUGGAAAUAGCAAAGGAAACACGAACGUGUGGUGGUUUCUUUAUUCCUGGUAUUCCCACCAUUGAUGGUGUUGGAGUAAACCAUGUCAGACUUCCUCACAAUGGCAGAUAUCGCAUCAGCACCAACACUCCUGGCGUAAAACAGUGGUCAGUCUACGAUGAAGACAUCGAGCGUAAUGAGAAUGUUAAAGUGGAAGAUUUGACUGAAAACAGAAAGUAUCGGUUUAAAGUCACUUUAGUUUUCAAUGAGAAUGAAAGUUUACACAGCCGGGAAAGUGAAUGGGUCGUCACGAAAGAGUCUGAGGCUUCAAAAUUAGCCAAACAGGCAAAAGAAAUACCGAGCGAGUCAAACUUAGAGCCUGCUAAAUAUAUUGUGCCCAUGUCUGAGGUCACUGUCAAUACUGACAGCGGAGGUCGAAUUAGAGCAUACUCCAUUGGAAGAUGGCCGAAGUGUAGUCAAUGGCAAACUAAGAGAAGUCCUAGAAAAAAGGAGGGAGCAUGCUUCCGGACCCCUCUAGAAUGCCUCGGUUUAAAUGUGCCUCUGGCUACGGCACUGUGAGUUAGUGUGUUUAUAGCGAAACAGGAACUAAACUGGGCAUAGUGAAGUGCUUGCCUGAAGUGUGAAGGGAACAACAUUAUGUUUGAACAUUUAGAAGUCAGUCUUAUUGUCUUGUUUACUUGAGGACUUGCAGUUGUAGGCUGCUUGUGAUCCCUUGCAGUUUCCGCAGAAAUGUGGGUGGGGCAUAUUUGGCAUUCUGACAAAGUUUAGUUUUGUUGAAAUUAAAGCAGGUCUUUACAUUAACUAUGACUGUAUAAAUGAGGGAAACAGGAAAGGUGAUCGGAUUGUUGAUGUACACGCCGUGAGCCAGAACUCAGUAUGCAAUCAAUCCCAGGGUUUGGGGGAAUGACCCGCGCAACCUUCUGAAAUCGGCGUUGUAAUAGGAGAAAGCAAUACUUGGACGACGCGCGGCAAUGCCCCGGACGAUUUCUGUGUACUUCAUUAGCUGGGCAGUUUCAUAAAGAAGUUUGGUGGUAUACACUACUGAAAACUUGAUAAAAGCUGACGCCCAGGAUUAUAUGUUCGUUUUUUUUCCGUGCGCGGUUUAAGGGUUUAACGAAAAGUAAGAGUGAUGUUCCAAUUGUAUUUUAAAUUGGGUAUUGGAAUUAAAUAAAGAAAAAGAGGGCAGAAGAGAAGGAAAGCCGGUGAAUUUGUUGCGCAAAAUGUCUUUACAUAUUUAACUUUUUAUUUGGUUGAUGAUUGGCUAGUAAUUGGGUCAGCGUAUUGAAUGUCAUUCCCUGUCAGCUUGGCAGCGUGCUUGGGAAUCGCUUGUUGAAAACAGAAAACUCUCUUGUUGAAACUCAUUGGUGUCGGAAGCGUCCGAAUUGUCCGAUCUGAAUGUUAAGUUGGAGAGGUUGAACCAAGUCACGGGUUGUGUGGAGUGUGUUCAGCAUCCGGAAUGUGUUGUUGAA